CGAUCACCUGGUUCAGGGCGGUGUCAAAUCUUCUGCGUCAAUCGUUAGUCGUAUAUAGGUAGCUGUAUCUGGAGGACGUGACGAGUCUGGCGGCUAACAAUACGCUCCUCGAUCGGAAAAAUUGAGUAUGUCCAACUUCAGUUACAUCUCAACUCCCAACCCGAAUCAACAACAGUACAAGUCCAUCGUAGAUGUUCUCAAAGAGAGAACUAAGUCUACUCCAGAUAAAGAAAUAUGCAUACACAGGUUACCUGAAGGGGGAAGGAAAACUCUCACUUAUGACGAACUGACGCGGAAAUCUACAAAACUUGCUAAGUAUCUGGUAUCUAAAGGGAUAUCAGUCGGAGACAGCGUUGCUAUUAUGGGAUCAAAUACUCUGGAAUGGAUCGUUGGUGAGUUCGCCAUUUUUAUGGCUGGUGCCGUGGCUGUCCAGUGUCAGGGAACCUGUGCAGAAUUCAAGGAAACUUUGAGUCUAUUGAAAGCUUCCAAAUGCAGAGCUGUUCUGCUCGAUCCACAGCCUGAUCCUGUUUACCAGUCGGAGAUGGUUCAAUUCUUCCAGGGAAAGGAAAUGCAAAUCCAAGGUAGAGAAAAUCCGAUGGUUGUACUACUUGGAAAGCCUGCUGGUGUUGAUUUACCUUAUAUUGGCGAUAUACUCUCCUCAGAGGAAGACCCUACUGUGACAAUGCCUAGAAUAGAACCGGAAAGUUCAGCUCUUAUUUUCACGACUUCUGGGUCGUCUGGUGUUCCAAAAAUGGUUGAAUUUACGCAUAUGGCAAUAACAAAUUCGCCAAUGUCAAUUUUUUUCUCUACAGAGAAUGAUAUCGUUUUCUCAGAUAGACCAUUUUCUUGGUUAGGGGGAACUCCAAUCUACAGCAUUGUAGGAGGAUUUCCUCGAAUUUUCACAGAUCCAAAAAUUGUUCUGAAAGAGGAGAAAAUUCAAAAUGUUUGGGAAAUCCUGAAGAUGGAAAGGUGUACUAUUGCAACUCUUUUCCCGUACGCUCUGAAAGAUCUUCUUGACAAUGAAAAGGAGGUCCUGAUGACGGAAUACAAACCUAUUUCGAUUGCCACUGGUGGCCAAAUACCUGGAAGUCACCUGAAUGCAAUUUCUGGAAAAUUUUGCGAAAAUAUAUACAGUGUCUAUGGAAUGACAGAAACAGGUAUCGCAACAAAGGUAUUCCUGACAGCGGAUACAGAAGUAGGGCACGUUGGAGAAAUGUUACCUGGAUAUGAAGCCAAAAUUAUUGGAGAUGACGGCAAAACUUUGAACUGUGGUAACAUUGGUGAAAUUGUCUUACGAUCUCCGUGGAUGUUGAAAGGAUAUAGGGACUCUGCAGAAUUAACCAAGGAUUCCUUCACUGAAGGAGGUUGGUUCCGCACUGGUGAUAUUGGAGUACUCACUGAAGACGGAAAGUUGUUUGUUAAAGGAAAGGCAGCAGAUGUUAUAAAAAGAGGAACAAAAAAGAUUCUGAUCAGCGCUGUGGAGAUGGCAAUUAGUAAUUUCCCCGGAAUAAAAGAGGUUGUCGUGGUAGCAGUACCGGAUGUACGUCUUCUGGAAGAUGUCUGCGCAUGUGUUAUCUUGGAGGAUGACGCCAAUAUUACAGAUCAGGAGUUACAAAAAAUGUGUCGUGAUAAGCUUGGAGAUAAUGUUUUGGGAGACUCCCCAACGUUUUUUCUGAUGUUCCAAACAUUCCCUCGUCUAAACAACGGAAAAAUGAAUAGAAUUAGUGUAAAACAACGAGCCAUGGAAAUGCUGAGCCUCUGCUGAAAAUAUACAAACUGUUUCAGUUUUCAUGGAUGUGACGUCAUUCCAUGAAUUGCUUAUCGAUGCCUUAAGCACGUGGUGCAGAAAUCCAUUUAUUUUUUACAUUGUACAAUAUUUACAUUUGGCACCACAGUCUCCCAUUGCCUCAGUGUUAAUCUAGGCUGCACCUAUGAGCGUAUAAGGGCAUUCAAGAUCAUAAUAAGAUGAUUGUUAUGUCAUUUUGAUCAACAUCAUGGAAAUGUUUAUCAUUGUCUAAUCGUUUGCGAUUCAAUCAUAGAAAGGAAGUUGAUUUUAAAAUGCUAAUCUUUCAAACCAAUACACAAGGACAUAUAUGAAAAUAAAGAAUGUAUUUAUUCAAGAUAGGUAGAGUUUAAUAUAAGUAAAUGUAAAUAUAACUACUCAGUAUUUAACGCUUGUUGUGUUUAUUGUCAAUAUAGGACGCCAUGAAAAAAUACAAUCUAACAAGCGUGUAAUUGUUAAAUAUAAGCAUUUAUACAAAGAAUACUAAAUCAAAUUAGAUAAACGGAAAGGCACCAGUGACUUAAUUGUUUUUUGCAUAAAUAAAUCUUAUACAUGUAAGUCUGUUUAAC